UACAAUAAACUUGCUUCUGCAGCAUGCUUGCUCUGGAGAAUGGCCACAAGCACGUGGGCUGAUUUCAUGGUGGUGGCAACAUGCACCCUAGGCUUCAUCUCUCUCUGCAAACUCGCGACCCAUGUCCUGUGGUGGCUGUGGGUCAUGUUCUUGAGGCCGCCCAAGAACCUCAAACACUACGGCUCUUGGGCCAUCGUCACCGGCUGCACCGACGGAAUCGGUAAAGCCCUCACUUUUGAACUCGCCUCCAGAGGACUCAAUCUGGUUCUGGUCGGACGAAACCCCAGAAAACUUCAUGACACAUGGACGGAGAUUAGAGAGAGACACCCUGACGCGGAUGCCAGGGUGGUGGAGAUGGAUCUGGGGAGCAUCGGUGGGGAGGAGAUAAUGAAGAGGAUGGAGGAGGCGACAGAAGGUCUAGAUGUCGGCGUGCUGGUUAAUAACGCAGGCACGGUGGGUUCCGGUGAGCCUAGGUUCUUUCACGAGGGGGAGUUGGAGACGAUGGAGCAGAUGAUUAAAGUGAACAUGGAGGGACUGACUUGGAUGACAAAGGCAGUGAUCCCACAGAUGCUGAAGAAGAAGAAAGGAGCCAUCAUCAACAUCGGCUCCGGCCUCACCGUCGCCUUUCCUUCUUACCCUCUCAACGCCGUCUACGCCGCCACAAAAGAGUACGUAAGGAUGAUGUCAAGAAGCAUGAGUUUGGAGUACAAAGAGAAGGGAAUUGACAUCCAGUGUCAGGAGCCAUUAUAUGUGGCAACGAAGAUGAUAAAGAGGGAGGCGUCAUGGGCGAUUCUAACAGCAGAGGAAUACAGCAGAAGCAGCAUGAGAUGGUUUGGAUACGAGAAGGAGUGUGAGCCUCAUCCCUUGCAUUCUCUCCAAGCCAUGUUCGUUCGACUCUUCCCUGAUUCCCUCAUCAAUUCCCUCUUGCUUCGCUUCUUCACCUCUUUGCGAAAUCACUCUCUCCAAUCCUCCCAACCUCAUUAAUUAAUUAAGCCUCUUCAAGUAUGCCUCUCUAUUGCGCAGAGUCACUUUAAAUAUGCUAAAUCAUAAUCUAUUACUAUCAUUGUAUCUUAAUUAUCAUCUUCUAAUUUACUGGACAUGUAUGCUUUUCUUAUAUUGAAUAAAAUUUAAGGGGAGUUAAGAGCACUCAUAAAGUCCCCAGGGUGUUUAUCUUUCUU